GGGCGCGCGCAGCCGGAAGCGGUGCCGCGGCACUCCUGCGUCCCAUCAAGCCACGCGGGCGCGCUGCUCCUCCACUCUAUGGUAACCAUAGAGACCCACGGCGGUGGCGGAUCAAUACUGGGACGGCGGCGGCCGUGGCGCCGUGGGGAACAUGGCGACGCUGGUGCUGGAUAACGGCGCCUACAACGCCAAGAUCGGCUACAGCCACGCGAACGUCAGCGUUAUUCCUAACUGUCAGUUCAGGUCAAAGACUGCACGCUUGAAAACCUUUACAAAUCAACUGGAUGAAAUUAAAGAUCCCUCUGGUCUUUUUUAUAUUCUCCCUUUCCAGAAAGGUUACUUGGUGAACUGGGAUGUCCAGAGACAGGUUUGGGAUUAUCUUUUUGGAAAAGAAAUGUAUCAGGUGGAUUUUGUAGAUACCAAUAUUAUUAUUACUGAACCAUAUUUUAACUUCAGUUCAAUACAAGAAUCCAUGAAUGAAAUUCUAUUUGAAGAAUAUCAGUUUCAGGCAGUUCUUAGAGUAAAUGCUGGAGCUCUUAGUGCGCACAGGUAUUUCCGGGAUAAUCCAUCUGAGCUAUGUUGUAUCAUUGUGGAUAGUGGAUACUCUUUUACACACAUUGUACCUUAUUGUAGAAGUCAAAAAGAAGAAGGAAGCAAUCAUCAGGAUUUACGUUGGAGGAAACUCUUAACCAACCAUCUAAAGGAGAUAAUCUCUUACAGGCAGCUACACGUUAUGGAUGAAACGCAUGUAAUUAAUCAAGUGAAAGAAGAUGUGUGUUACGUUUCUCAAGACUUUUACAAGGACAUGGACAUUGCCAAAUUGAAAGGAGAGGAAAAAUACUGUAAUGGUAGAUUAUGUUUUGCAGACUUCAGCACAAUCAAAAAAGGAUUUUGUAAGCCAAGGGAAGAGAUGGUGUUAAGUGGAAAAUACAAGACUGGCGAACAAAUACUUCGUCUAACAAACGAAAGAUUUGCAGUUCCAGAAAUACUCUUCCAUCCUUCGGAUAUUGGUAUUCAAGAGAUGGGAAUUCCUGAAGCCAUUGUUUAUUCUAUUCAGAAUUUACCUGAAGAAAUGCAGCCUCAUUUCUUCAAAAACAUAGUUCUGACUGGAGGAAACACCCUUUUUCCAGGCUUCAGAGAUCGGGUUUAUUCUGAAGUUCGAUGUCUUACUCCAACUGAUUAUGAUGUUUCUGUUGUUCUUCCUGAAAACCCUAUUACUUAUUCUUGGGAAGGGGGAAAGCUCAUUUCUGAAAACGAUGAUUUUGAAGACAUGGUAGUAACUAGAGAAGAUUAUGAAGAACAUGGACACAAUAUCUGUGAAGAGAAAUUUGAUAUAUAGAUGAGCACCUGGAGUUGGAUCCACAUUGUUCUGAUCAACAUUACAGAUUCUCAUGAGCUGCUCCCGUUGCUACACAGAGGUCUCAGCAUAAGGGUAACAUAGAAGAGAAGCCAACACCCCAGAGAAUGGGAGAUCUUGAUGAGGAGCUGUCCCCGUUAAAAAGUUUCCUGGGAUGAUCUUUCUUCUUGACUUUUUUUUUUUUUUU